UAGUUCCGGUAGCCUUUGUAAACAUUGUGUGUAGUAGAACACGUGGGUUUCACGUGGCUCGGGGAUCCGUGUUCGUGGUGCAGGGCCUCAAUCUCGCCGCUCCUAUUGAUUACUUUCUCCUGACGUCACGGCAAACUCAAAAGAAUGGCGGACAUUUCCAUGCAGACAGUUCCUACUGUCACAUUCAAGGAGGGAGCAUGUAAGAACGAUUUACGCGUUGUUCUGAAUAAUACACCAAACGAUAUGAUUAGAAAAGUUCCGUCAACAUCGAGAUUUCAAGUGGACAGAGUCGAUUCAGUUACAGAUGAUCCUGACGACGUAAACAACAGUGUUGAUGAUGCUGAGUCGCCGGCGUUUAGAAACAAAGAUGACAGCCGACAGUCCUUCGAAUCACCUGUAUUUGGAUCUCCUCCGGUAUCACCAACUGAUACUUAUGCCAGUCAUAAUUCAUUUUCAAAUCCAUACGAAACAAAUUUUAAAACGUUUGGAAAAUAUACCACUGAAGCUUUACCACACAUGGAUCACUACCGAAAUCUGCUUUCUGCUACAACUGCUAUGAAAUCCAGACCCACUCUCGCAGAACUUCACGAAGAGAAGGAUAAUGAUGAAAAUUUCCGCAGCAAAGGCAGGGACAAAUUACUAGCCUCUGAUGAACAGCUUGUGGAAAAAGGACUUAAAAAAUCCCAGGAAAAGGGCGCUUUAAAGUUUGGUUGGAUAAAAGGAGUGCUUAUACGAUGUCUGCUGAACAUCUGGGGAGUGAUGCUGUUUAUGCGGCUGUCUUGGGUGGUGGGACAGUCAGGGGUCGGCAUGGCCACCCUCAUCAUACUCCUGUCUGCUGUAGUCACCACUCUCACAUCCCUGUCCAUGUCUGCCAUAUGUACCAAUGGUGAAGUUAGAGGAGGAGGUGCCUAUUUCAUGAUAUCACGAAGUCUAGGACCAGAGUUUGGGGGUGCCAUAGGCUUGGUGUUUUCUGUAGCCAAUGCUGUUGCUGUGGCCAUGUAUGUUGUGGGCUUCGCAGAGACUGUCAGAGACAUCCUCAAGGAACACAACGCCCUGAUGGUAGACGAAGAAAACGACAUUCGUAUCAUUGGAGUGUUGACCAUUACCUUGUUGCUAUUUAUAGCCAUUAUAGGCAUGGAAUGGGAGGCAAGGGCCCAGGUGAUUUUGUUAGUGCUUUUGUUAGUUGCUAUAGUUAAUUAUAUGAUAGGAACAUUUAUACCACCAUCUCCUGAACAAGUUUCAAAGGGUAUCGUUGGUUAUAAAGGUGAAGUUUUUGUGGACAAUUUAGGACCAAAAUAUACAAAUGGGGAAAAUUUCUUUUCUGUUUUUGCCGUGUUUUUCCCAGCUGCUACGGGUAUUUUAGCUGGAGCAAAUAUCUCAGGUGAUUUAAAGAAUGCGCAGAAAAACAUUCCAAAAGGGACCUUUUACUCUAUACUCAUAUCCACAAUUGUGUAUAUUGGAGUAGCAUGGAUCCUUGGUGCUACUAUCAUGCGGGAAGCAUCAGGAUAUGCUACCACAGCACUUCAGUCAGUUAUAGUCGGCAAUGCUAGUGUUAAUGGUACCUUCCUGUCCGUAGUUAAUAACACACUCCAGCCCAGUGCUGUUAGUCUGGCCAGUAACUGUAGUCUCGGCAAGGACGGCACAUGUGAAUACGGUCUUCUCCAUGACUACAGGGCUAUGGAGAUAUCUUCCGGAUUUGGCCCCCUGGUAACGGUUGGAAUAUUCUCUGCCACACUUUCCUCUGCACUUGCCAGUCUUGUUUCUGCUCCUAAAGUCUUCCAGGCAGUUUGCAAAGACAAGAUAUUCCCAAAAAUCCAUAUCUUCGCCAAAGGUUACGGUGCCAGUGAUAACCCUAGGCGAGCGUAUUUACUAGCUUAUUUUAUUGGUUUAGGAUUUAUAUGUAUUGGUGAUUUGAAUGCUAUUGCCCCAAUCAUAUCUAACUUCUUUCUGAUGUCCUAUGCCCUCAUCAACUAUUCCUGUUUUGAUGCCUCGCUUGCCAGGUCUCCAGGAUGGCGUCCAGCAUUUAAAUACUACUACAUGUGGUUGAGUCUCCUUGGUGCCUUAGUUUGUAUAGCUGUGAUGUUUAUAAUCAACUGGUGGACAGCCUUAAUAACAUUUGCUGUGAUAGCUUUUCUCUUUGUAUACGUACACUACACCAAACCAGAUGUGAAUUGGGGCUCAUCUACCCAAGCUCAUGUGUAUAGAAGUGCUCUGCAGUCUGCUCUCAAACUCCUGGCUGUAGAGGACCAUAUCAAAAACUUCCGGCCACAAAUUUUGGUGCUAACAGGCUUGCCUUCGAGUCGGCCAGCCCUGGUGGACUUUGUGUACACUCUGACGAGGAAAAUCAGUCUCAUGAUGUGUGGACAUAUUCUCAUUGGGAAUCAAGGUGAUUGUUUGCGUGAGAUAAAUAAGAACAAGUCUGGCAUUGUCUACCAAUGGUUCAAACAACGCAAGGUCAAGUCCUUCUACAGCGUCACCUCAGCACCAACAUUCAGGCAGGGAGCACAGAGCAUCAUGCAGAAUGUCGGAGUAGGGAAGCUUCGACCUAACAUUCUAGUGAUGGGCUUCAAGUCUGACUGGCGAACCACCCACCAUGAGGAAGUGGACGGCUACUUCAAUACCAUUCAUGAUGCAUUUGACCUUCAGUUUGGUGUUGGUAUUCUGAGAGUCUCAGAAGGAUUCUAUAAUGAACCUAAUCAGAAUGACUCGGGCAAUGAGUCGCUUGUCCAGCACAAACUUGACGCUGAUGAAGAGGAGGUCCCUUCCUACCCCAGCACACCGACCAUGCUGCGUAAACACAGUCGAUCAUCUGAGGGCUCUCUUCCUGACAACGGCGAUACACCAGAGCGGGAUGACAGCCACCAUCUACUGGUCUACGAGAAUUUGCUCAAACAACAAGAUAGAUUUGCCAAAAAGCAGAGGGGAACUAUAGACGUCUGGUGGCUGUUUGAUGAUGGAGGAUUGACCUUGUUGAUUCCUUAUAUCCUUACAACGAAGCUAUACUGGGGGAACUGUCGGUUAAGAAUCUUCAUUGCGGGUACUAAGAGGGGCGAGAUUGACAGAGAACAGCGACAGAUGGCCACUUUACUGAGCAAGUUCCGUAUUGAAUGUAAGGAAAUCACAGUAAUAGCUGACAUAGGAAAAUCUCCUGAGAAGAAGAGUGAAGUGGAGUUUGACAAGUUGUUGGAUGGAUGGAUGUUAGAUGAGGAGAAGGGAGAAACACAGGAAAAAUAUCCAUGGAAAAUAUCAGAGGAGGAGAAAGACUUACUUCAAGAUAAGACGAAGAGAAAUAUCCGACUGAAGGAGCUUCUAGUGAAGCAUUCCAGUGAUGCAUCAUUAGUUGUCAUGACUCUACCUAUGCCAAGAAAGGGCACCUGCCCGACAGGUCUGUACAUGGCCUGGUUAGAUACUCUAACCCGCGACAUGCCUCCCAUACUCUUAAUCAGGGGCAACCAGUCCAGCGUACUCACCUUCUACUCCUAACUACGCAAACACAUGACUUCCACCUCAUCUCACAUCUCUAUAGAUCUCCGAGGAUGGAACACCUUUACGCAAUAAUGUGGGGAAAUGUUGAAUCUCAGAAAUGGCAAACGAGCUGAACAAGCAAUAUUAUAUUAUACAGAUGUAUAAUGAAUCUCAAAAUUAUAAUUAUACUUGCAAUAUUCUUUUAUUUGUAUUGAGAAUUAGAAAAGAGAUGGGUAGGGACGAUUUGGUAAGUCAAAGCAUAACAUGCUGUUGUGUUAUUCAUGUAUAAAAAAUGUCAAAGUGUGUGAGAUUGCACUGCUGAAGACUCUGUCACAUUGCUAUGGAUAUAUUACCAACAGCAUACUGUACAUUUUUUGUUUUUUCCUGAUUUUAAAAUGUCUUCACAAUCUUAUAUCCAAUAGAAGGAAGUAGGAUUAAAAAAAUUCAUAAAUAAUUAUAUUAAUGGUCAGAUAUAUGACAGAGUGAAUAAAGAUUGUUUUCCUUGGAACUUGGGUGAAUUGUAAAAUAAACUACUGUAUGUUGAUAGUUAUGGUAGUAUGGUGCUGAAGUAUGGCCUAAAUAUUGUAACAUUUGUGAUAACUUAGGAAGGCUUCCAUUAGAAGAGACUAGGCACAGGUUAUUUAAGGAUGGUGUGUGGAGUGAUAUUAAGGUAUAUACCAUUGAUAAACACUUGUACAAAUGUAAUACCUGAAUGUAGAUGCGGGACUAGUAGUAGGUAGUGGACAUACACUGGACCUGUAUUUGUGGGAAUUAUAUGAAAUAUGUACAUGUAAUGUAAAUAUAUGUAGUAGAACUGUGAUGAACAUUGUUUGAUGGUUAAGAUUAUGCAUUGAAUGCAAUGUUUCUACUAGACUAACUAGCUGGGUGAAAAACUGAUCUUUUGAAGACAAAACCUAAAACCAUAUUCAUUUUCCAAAUUGUACUGUACUGUUACUGAAGAUUGGAGGGAUCCGGGAAGGAAACUUAAGUACUGAGUCUUGUUGAUAGAAUUUGAAGCUCAUUAUUGAUGUUAUUUGGUGUGGGAGGUCAUGUAUGUUUUAAACACCAAAGAAAUAUUUGGUGUGGGAAGUCCUGUUUUAACCAAUACACUUUGGUAGAUUUUCUUUACACUCAUGUGUUCCAAAAGUGAUAGACUGUGUUCUAUAUCCUAUAUAUACCAUUUACAAUAACCACUGCCUGUAUGACAAGUAUAAUCCCCAAUACCAGCUUUUGUUCAGAAUUUACCAUCAAACUUCAUCAGUCUGUGAUAUUUGAUGCAAGCUCUAUAAGGGGUCAACUUAACCCCUCGUACAUCUUUUUCAUCUGUUAUGUUCGUCACAUGUUAUGCAAGCUUGUACCCGAAUGGGCAUUUGAUAAAUAAAACAGGCAUUUUGUUAAUAAGAAGUUAUUAAUUCAGAUAUUUUAAGUACAUUUAAUUGUUAAAACCUUCCAAAUGUGUCUCAGAAUUCUGUUUAUAAUGACUGUGUAUGUUAAUUAUUGAUGAUGUCAUGUUUAUUGCACCAUACUUUAAAUGAUAUUUUUGAGUCAAACAUGAACUUGAUGACCCUUUAUGAUCAUUAGCCUUUAAAAAGACAUAAACGGUAUUGCCAUGGUCAUCCUUCCGUAAGAUGUGCAUUGUACGUCGAUUUGUGAUUGGUCCCCUGACAUAGAUGUCCACAUAUCGUAAUCCUGCCUGUUUUGUAACAAACUUCCACAAGUUGUCCAAUCAUUGCAUUUGUAUUCAUCUAGAGAUUUGUUGUAUAACUUUUGUAAAACAACAGAUUAUUUUAAUAUCGUAGGGAUAUUGAUGCUCUAAAAUUUGGCUGAUGAUUUGAUAGAAGUGUAAUAGAAAUAUUUUGGGAACAUUUCUUGAAAAAAUUGUAUGAUAAUAUACACAA